GUGUGCGCGCGCGCGUGCACCAGACACAUGCCUGGGGUCAAGGUUAGUGGAGGUUUAAAGUUAUUACUCAGAGGGCAUUUUAUGUGUUAUUUUAGAAAGUUAUACCAAACAGUGCAUUGCAACACUGGCCAUGCCUUCUUCCCUAUCUCCCUCCCAAGUAGAGACUAGAGAUGUCCUCUGUGUGGCAACAGGAGCCGGUAGUGUACUCCCCCAGUGUAGAGAUCGAUUCCAGCACCGUGAGGAGGAAGACCCGGGUGGGUUCCUCACAGCACUGGCUAAAGCAGGAGCAUGACCUGGAAGUUGUCAAGUGGGAGAGCAUGACCUCUGGGGCAACUAGCGAUGUGGAGCAGGACAACACACCCAGCAGUGCUGUAUCCACGGCCUCCCAGCCUGAGGGCAGCCUGCCUCCCCGGGUCAUGCUGACCAUCACCAAGCUGCAGUGCAUGCUGGAAGGUAAACAGGAGCGCAUUGCUGCCCUGGAGAGACAGGUGGAGGACCUGCAGCAGGACAGGAAGUUCCUCAGGAGCCAGAUUGAGAACCUGACCAGCCAGCGCUCUGUCCCAACCUUCACUACCACCGCCACUUCAGCCGCUGAAGCACCUAAAGUGGGGAAGUCUCUGUAUUCCGAACCCAAACCCCGGAAGAGAGAGAGGGUUGCAUCCUCCAGCUCUUCCUUCAGUAAUGAAAGUGGCUCAGAAAUGUCUGUCUCCACCGUUAUGUCCGGAGCCUCGAGCGACCACAAGAAGCGGAGACACCACAAGGACCGGAGGAGAGGAAAGAAAGGGAAAGACUACAGCAGGAAGAGAGCCACUGGCGUCCAGUACGUGAUCCACCGCUACAAACAAGUCCUCUCGGCCUUCAUCAAGAAGAAGAGCAUGAGUGGCGCUUUCCGUCACUACGGCAUCGACAGGAACACCAUUGCCAACACGGCGUCCAUCGCUGAGCUCUACCUGGCAGCCAAGGAAACCCUGCCGCUGGUGGGGAUGUUCCGCCCACGAGAGGAGACCCUGGUGAGCUACGCCCAGAAGUGUGCCCUAGUCAUUGAGACUGACGUGGCGCUAGCCAGGAAGAUUGAGCAGAUGAAAGCCACAGGGGAGCUCCUGCCCAUCACUGUGAAAAAGGCUAGGGUCAUGCACUCUGCUCACCAACAGCUAGGGGGCACCGCCGAGAGCCUGUUAAUGGGCUGAUGAUGUAGCUAGGGGGCUUUGAGGGGUGAGUUGGACUGGAAGUGAAGAACAAUUGUUUGACAGAUUGGAGACAUAUUUAAUUUAAAAUUGGGGUCCUGGGUUGAUAUAAUCACAUGAGAAAGAUUUCUCUGCCUCUAUUUAUUGCAAUGUAACUAUUAGUGUAUCUAGAAUGCCUUCUUUAAAAGUAAUGAUUGUUUUUCUAUCGUUUUUUGAUAUCGUAUGAAUAAAAAAUUCAACAGGUUUAAGCGGGGACAUUUCACACAUGUUCCCAGAAGACCAUGUCUUUUUGCUUAGGAAUUUUCCUCACUCAAUAAUUGCCAUUCAUUCAUAGUGGUCUGUGCUGAACAAACACGGUACAAAACAAACACAGUACAGAACAAACAUGGUACUGAACAGACACGGUAGCAGCUAGCCAUAGCCACAGAAUGGGGUUUCCCUGUAGCAUACAUGACUUACACCAGUAGAAGUAGUGACUUUUGUUGGACAGUGUUUUUCCCUGGAAGUAUCCCUCUAUAUUUGACUUCAUGUUGAUAAUAACUCAUCUGAAGAUUCCAUGUUGCUGCCCUUUCCCUUGCAGACCCAAGGACAAAUAGACAGUAAACUCAUUGUGAUGGUCAGAAAUGACACAUAGCUGAAUGGUUAUCUUCGACAGAGACUUGAAAUAUGUGAUGAGAAACAUCCACCAGAUGGCACUGCACUCACUUCAAUGGAUGUUUACACCACUACUUCUGUACAUUUUCCAGGAGUAUUUUUCCAAAAUGGUGGACACUAUGUCUGCUUCCAGAGAGCACUUUGAUAUUAUUUUAUUUCUUGCACCUAAGUAUUUAUUUGGUUUGAUAUUUUGAAAACCACACAGUUGGUAUGUGUAUACUGAUGCAUUUGGAACAUGCUGCCAUUUUUAGGGCUGUGAUUUACACAUUUACUUAGCUUAGUAAAAUAUUGCGGUUUUUAGGUGUUUUAACUCACAACCUUCAGAAUUUAGGAGAAUAAAAUAGAAUACCUGCUAUUAAUUGAUGGUGUGAACAAGCGUUGAACUACUGCUAGUCCUACCUAGGGAUGGGAUAUCCAAUGUACUGUUGUGAAUUAUAAUUGCUAAUAUGGACAAUUCUUCUGUUGACACUGGGCUAUAUUCACUUUUUGUUUCAAGUUUGUUCACUUAUCUCUCAAACUAUGAUUCUUCAAAACAUAUUUUACUUCUUUGAAUGGUUUGAGAAAUAAAGCUUUUAGCAAU